AACGCCCAUGCGACAGUGGGAGACAUCAUCUCCACAGACUCAGCUCCAGUCUGGCCCACCAUGGACGUAGCCUACGAUCACAUCCAAAAGGACGCCCUUGACCCAUCCGAGCAACCCGAAGGCAACACAGAAACACCCCGAGCAAACACAACAUCCAACCUGAACACCGAAUUCUCACAGGCCUUCAAAGCCGUCUCAUCCUCACCCUGGGGCGCGAAACUGAACGGCUGGUUCAGCCAAGCUGUCGAGCAAUCAUCCACAUUCUACCAGGACUUGUCCAAGGAAGUGAGUGAAACAUCUACACAAGCAAGCAAAGGACUGUCGCGAGUGGCAGAGGAAGUCGCAAAUCGGACAGCUGCGUUGAAACUUGACAGUACUGCGCCAGGACCGGAAGUCCGAGUACCAGGAGAAGAGGCGGUGCCGGGCGUGACUUUCGUCGAGGCUGAAGGAGAAGGGAGCUCACAAGAGAGGUCGGAGAACCUGUCUGCGGACAUUGUCAAGGAGGCGGGGAGCCUAGUUGCCUCGUUCCGUUCUACUGCGGCGGCGAGACUAAAGGACCUUCAGAAAGCAGAAGAUGCAGCUGAUGAGGCAUUAUUGAAGUUUGGCACGAAUAUCAGGAGCUUCUUGCGGGAUGCGGUCAGUAUCACGGCUCCGGAGGAUGGUGAUGGCAAGACUGCGCUUGGAACGGAUGGAGUAGGGAACGAAGUUCUCUUCGAAACGCAGGAGUCAGGGACAGGAAAGAAAGUGUUCCACACUACACGGCUGGAUGCGCAAUUACACGCAAUUCAUAGCUCGGCGGGAAGCUUCACGGAUGAGCCACAAGGGCAGGAGUGGGAGGAGUGGGAGAAGACAUUUGAUGUGGAAGCCAGGACGGCAGAGAUUGCGAAAGAUCUGGAGAAAUUCGAGGAGUUGAGACGGGCAAUGGAGAGGUUGGUGCCGGAGAAGGUGGACUAUAAAACGUUCUGGCUGAGGUAUUACUUCUUGAGGAGAGCAGUUGAGGAAGACGAGAAGAGGAGGAGAGAAGUGCUGAAAGGCGCAACAGCAGACCCGGAAGAAGAAGUCGCAUGGGACGACGAUGAUGAUGAAGAAGACGACAAAUCAGCCACACCGAACAAAAUUUCCUCCGUGUCACACAAGGCGUCCGCAUCUACCACGACCAUCACCGCGCCGACGACGACUGACAACGCGACCCUCAAACCGAUCUCUCCUAGGAGGAGCGACGAGGAGAAUCGAAGCGUGGCGGACUCUGAGGCGAGCUAUGAUCUGGUAUCCGGCGCGACGAGUCGGGCUCAGGGUAGUCCCAAGGAAGCGAAGACUGAAGGCAAGGACGAAAGUGAUGAUGAUGAUGAUUGGGAGUGA